GAAUGACAGCGAUAAAAGGAACGGACAAAUCUAUUACAAUUGCAACACUUUCUAACCUUGGGGCCAAAUCCGAUAUGCCCAACCCCCUUUCACUUAGUUAUUAUGUAAGUCUAUUUGCUCUCCAAACAAGGCACAGGGGAAAGGAUCCACAGACCGUCCAGAACAACAGCAGCAAACUCUCAGCGAGAUUUCUCGGUAUGAUCAGCCAUGCUGUUCUCAGGCCACAAGCUCUGUGUGGAAUUCUUUGUGGGCGAGCGCGGUUUUUCAGCAGGAUGCCGGUAGCUAAAGUUCCCCACGUACCGCAACGUGCCGUGAGUGCCGGAGUGGAUGCAACAGUGCAACAGAAACGAUCUGUGAGUCUGUCAGCUACAUCCAGGAACAGCAGUUCCAAUAGGUCAGAUGGGAAAUUGACAGUCCACUUCAUCAAUCGACAUAAUGAGAAGCUGACUGCGGUGGCAAAGGAAGGCGACAGUCUGCUUGAUGUUGUGAUGCACCACAAUUUAAACAUUGAUGGAUUUGGUGCAUGUGAAGGUACUCUGGCUUGUUCAACGUGUCAUAUAAUCUUUGACAAGGAGACUUUUCAGACUUUGGAUACGAUAACAGAUGAAGAAUUGGACAUGUUGGAUUUAGCCUUUGGAUUGGCGAGCACGUCUCGGCUGGGUUGUCAGAUUUGUCUGAAGAAGUCACUGGAUGGAAUUACUGUGAAAAUACCAAAAGAAGUAUCCGAUGUCCGAAAGGCAGCUGAUGCAAAAGAACAAUUGUAAAAAGUGGCUGCCCAUCCCAGUUGUACUGUCCCUCUCGGCAACAGAUUUCAAUCACAAUUCACAAAGUUUAUACACUGAACAUCCCCAUGUCAAGCCAUUUAAUUCAAGCCAGGACACAGACAAAGCUGCAGCAGCAAGAAUAUUUCCAACAGAAACUGAGUUUUUCAUAAAGGAUACCUUUCAUAAACA